AUGGCGCUCCCCGUUGCACGUUCGUUGUGCCUGUGCCGCAGGGGAGCCAAACGAUUGGGGGUUGCCGCCGCGGAAGCCCGCAGAGGCAUCAGUUUCAGAUUGGAAGAAAAGACAGCCCACAGCAGCCUGUUACUCUUCAAAGGUGACACAGGUGUCAAAUACGGCAUGGUGGGAUUGGAGCCCACAAAAUUAGCCCUUAACGUGGAACGCUUCCGGGAGUGGGCAGUUGUGCUGGCAGACACAGCUGUCACCAGUGGCAGGCAUUACUGGGAGGUGACAGUGAAGCGCUCCCAGCAGUUCCGGAUAGGAGCGGCAGAUGUGGACAUGUCCCGCGAUAGCUGCAUCGGUGCUGACGACCGUUCCUGGGUGUUCACCUAUGCUCAGCGCCGGUGGCACACCAUGUUGGCCGACGAGAAAGCCCCAGUUGAGGGCGUGGGGCAGCCAGAGAAGGUGGGGCUGCUGCUGGAGUAUGAGGCCCAGAAGCUGAGCCUGGUGGAUGUGAGCCGGAUUGCUGUGGUCCACACACUGCAGACAGAUUUCCGGGGUCCAGUGGUGCCUGCCUUCGCCCUUUGGGAUGGAGAGCUGCUGACCCAUUCAGGGCUUGAGGUGCCUGAAGGGCUCUAG